UUUUCUAUUUUAUUUUGUUUAGUUAUGUUUUCGUUUUCCCUCCCAUCCAACGACAUAGCAUUCCGGUCAUUGCAUCUGGAAUUCCAAUUUUGCUCUCCGUCGUCUCCACCACCAGACGGAGGUUUGUCUCUUUUACCUUUAUCAUCAUCUAAGAACAUCGCCAAUUUGUUGAAAUCGCAGUUCUCUAUGUAGUAGGAAUUUAAAGCCCCAACUUUGUUCUGUUAGACUUUUUAUCAAUUAGGGUUCCCCCCCGUUCUGCCUCCCAUUCUAUUUUCACAAUGGACGGCGACAUUUGCCGGUGGAUUAUCGAAUUCAUACUCCGGACUCCAAUGGACCAUCACCUGCAGAAGAAAGUUAUGGCGGCUGUUCCCCUCCCAGAUAAGGAUUUUCGCUUGACGAAAACGGUGCUUUUAGAGUCCAUAGAGAGCGAAAUAUUCGAAGCUGUUGUAACGGAGAAAUUACUUGAAAGUUUUGAGUAUAUAGAGCAGUUAGAUAAGGCUGAAGGGCUUGCAAUCAUGGAAUCAAUGAAAGCGGCUUAUUGUGCUGUGGCAGUGGAAUGUACUGUGAAGUUCUUGCUAGUGGAAGGCAUUCAGAAGGAUGGAAGGUACUUUGAUGCUGUGAGGAGGAUUUGGAGUGGAAGAGUUGCGAAUUUGGAGAGGUCCGGCAAGAGCAAGUUGGUUUCGAGGGAAUUGAAAGCAUGGAAGGAUGAAUUUGAAUUGUCACUUUGUGAUAAAAAUGUUAGGUUGAAGCUGGUGCAUAUGAAUACGAGAUAUGAUGCCCUGAAACUGACAAGAGACUAUCUGACUGAGGCAUGGGCGGUAAUUGGUCCGUCGUUUAUUCAUUUGUCUGCUUCUUUGAUGGAUAAAAGGGUGGUGAAUGAAAUGCAGUCUACUCAGUUAGAGAAGGUAAAAAACAAAAUGGCUACUGAGAGUGAGGUUGUAGGUGGCAGUGAUGAGAUUGAAUUGCCCUCCCAAUCGGAGAAUUAUGCAAGACCAGAGCGGCAGGGAGGUGGAGAAGUCCUUAGUCAACCUGAAACAAGAAAUGAUUUGCUAAAUAGGCAUCAGGAUUUGAGUACUAGCGAGGGUUCUAAACAGCCAGCCACUGUUGCUACGACCACAGAGAGAGUUCAAGAGUUGGCUGCCGAAACAGCGGAAGGGGAAGAAUUGGUUGAGAAGGAGGUUGCAGUUUUGCACUAUCCAAGUCCACGUCGAGGUGAAAAUGUGAAGACUUCUGCAGUGCCAAGAUGCAAGUCCCUUGCAUUUCAUAGACGUGUUAGAGGAGGAGCUAAAAUUAGUCAACUUGAGGACUUGGAGAAUGAGAAUGACAACUUAUUUGGAAGAUAUACUUGCCUAGAUACUCCUGAAGUUAACCGGGUCCGAGAAGCGCUUAAAGCAAGCUCUUUAGAGUUGCAAGCAGCAGUGAAUGAUCCACUUCCGGAUGCAUUGCGUGUAGCAGAAUCUGUAGCUAACGCCCUGGCCGAAAAGAAGAAAACUUGUGAGCAUUCUUCAGAGGGCCGAACUGAUGCUGGCUCUUCCAAUCCAACAAUUAACAAGUAUGCUGUGCCUCUUCAGUCUGUGAGUGCAAAUCUUAAAAAUCUAUGUAAUGGUCGUAAGAUAAUUUUUCCACGGCCUAGCAUCAUGGAACGCAACAGUACAGCUUGUACAUAUGAGUGGAAUGAUUCAAUAGAUGAUUUACCUGAAGGAAGUAACGCCAACAGACUUCGUCUUCCUAGUCCCAAGAGAAAGGAUAUUUCUCCCUUGAAGAAGUAUGAAGAAACCAAAGUUGUUCGGAGAAGGCAGUGUAAGAAGUGGAGCUUGCUCGAAGAAGACACCUUAAGAACUGCGGUGCAAAGGUUUGGUAAAGGAAAUUGGAAGCUCAUCUUAAGUAGCUAUCGUGAUAUAUUUGAUGAAAGAACAGAGGUUGAUCUGAAGGAUAAGUGGAGAAACAUGACGAGAUACUAAUGACUUUCCUAGUCCAGAUCCAAACUCGUGCAUUGUAGAUUAUUUAUUAUUUUUGAGAGAUUGUAGAUUAGAUUAAGUUAUUAACCAUGAAUUAUAGGGCUAUUUCUGUAAUUUCAAGUAGUCGACCCUGAAACAAAACUAAAUGGCCCUUGAAUUUUGAUUUUAAUGUGAAAAUAGAAAGAUUGACAAUAUCAAUGUAAAUGAAAAUGUUGAAGUAGAAUGCCAUGUUUUGCCAUUGUUAAA